AGAGCUAAAACUGAACGUUUCGAAGUCAGACAAUGAGAAAGCAAGCGACCUGGUUGACCGCACUACUGAUGCUGGCCUGUAGCUGUAGCACAUGGUUGCAGCUAGUCCAAGCCAACGAUGACUCCGACGAGGUGAUGACCAUGAAGAUGAGCGAAGUGGUCGAUCUGCUGAUGCCUUUUGGGCAAAGCUGUGAUCCGGUCCCGGAGCGAGUGCAUCUGGAGGAGAUGGUGUUGAACAAGGACGAUGCCUCGCAUCCGAGCAAAUGCUUCCGCCGCUGCAUGCUGAUGCAGUUCGAGCUGAUGCCCGAGGGCGAGAAGCUCUACGACGGCGCCAAGACCAAUGAAAUGAUGAACAUGAUGUUUCCCGACAAGGAGGAGCAAUCGCGCCUCAUCACUGCGAAAUGCAAUCAGGCGAGCGGGUUAACCGAUGAAUGCGAGAUUGCGCAUUCGAUUGCCAUGUGCAUGCUGCGAGAGAUGCGCGUUGCCGCCUAUAAAAUACCCGAGAUCAAGGAUUAGCUGAAACGCAGCCACGCUCCGCAACCACUUCAGUCAUUUCUUGCAAUUGCAUAUCAAUUCUAUUUGGUUCUUUUUUUUCAUCUGUGAAUUCCCCUGGCAGAAGGAUUGUCUCUCCUUCACUUCCUACUUUAGUUUCCCUAGUUACAUAUUUAUCUUAUCCUAGCUUGUGUCCCGUUGUGGUUUCUGGACAUGCACACACCCAUUGAAUAAAGAGAACGUGGAGCGCGCGUCGUGUAA